CGGACGUGAGAAGAAAUUGGCAAUUUCACUAGGCAAAAGAAAAUUAGAAAAUUCUACUGAAAAAGUCAAUUUUUCAAGUUAAAGCAGAAGAAACACGUUGUCCAAUAUGGUCGACAGCACCCUUCUUAACCUCGAUGAGCGAGUGGAGUUCGUGGGUUCUCUCAUUAAGACGAUUGGUAAUUUCUUUUUCGCCGAUGAUGUUUGCCCGCAGGAAAUUGCAAGUCGAACCGUCAAUUUCACAAGGGACGAGCUGCGCCAAUUGGUUUUGAGGGAAGUGUAUAUUGCAGCCAGUCUCCGAAGAGAAGUCACCUGUUCUCCCGACGAGGAUCAGCGCAUCAAGCAGGUUGAUUUUCUGACUGCCCUCCAGGCCAUUAAACCACGAUUCGGGGUGCAGGAGGAGGCUCUCCAAGAGACCAUGUCCCAUGGAUACAUACAAACGGAUCAGGAUCUCCCCCGGUAUGAACAUUUCGAGGGAUUGUCUUGCCAGUUGAUCGAGGGUGAUGCCAAGUCGGGAUUAUCCACCGUUGCCGUUCAAAUCGCUCUGGAAGGUGACUUCCCCUAUAUAAAUAUCAUCAAGCCAGCGGAUCUUUUGGGGAAAGACGAAGAAGAAACGUGUCGGCACAUAGAAAACAUUCUCAAGGAUGCCUGUGUUUCCCCACAAAGCUGCGUCAUCGUCGACGAUUUUGAGCGAGUCCUCCACUUUCGUGCCGUGGGAAAGCGCUACUCUGAAAAGAUAUUGCAAACGCUGAUGGUUCUCCUGAGGAAACAACCGCCCAGGGGUCACGGCCUGCUCAUCCUCUGCACCUCCAAUCGCCGUGAUGUCCUGGAGGAGCUGGGCUUGCUGUCGGUCUUCACUGCCGUUCGCCAUGUGCCCAAUCUCUCCAGGCCUGACCACAUUAUGGCCGUGAUGGAAGCCUUAAAACGAUUUGAGCCCGAGGAGAUGCGUCACAUUGAGGCCGCCAUGGAGGGCCGGAACAUCUCCAUGGGCAUCAAGCGGCUGCUGGAGCUGAUUACCUUUGUGAAUCCUCUAAGGCCGGAUCGCCGGGCCGCCAAGUUCCUGGAGAAAAUGGGCGAGGCCAUGGGCUGGGAGGAUCUUCGAGCCUAAUUCCACCGUUUGAAGUACUUUAUUUGCUUUAAAACCCACCU